ACAUUUGAGAAUUAUUCAGUUCAAGUUUUUGCUGACAUGUAUUAAAGUGUUUUGAAUAUUUUUCCCUAUCAUCAGCCCAAGGAAAUGUAUUGGUAAGAGUCAUCUGGGGUUUUAGAGGAGAGUCACUGCAUGUAUGCACUAUUAAAUAUCUUCCCUUGCCACGGUAGCUGUCAUCCUGUAUGUGGCUGUCAUCCUGCAUGUAGCUGUCAUCCUGUAUGUCACGUAAUCACGACUUUCUAUUUUCCAUUUCAAUCACUAAUUUCAUGUAAGUUUUACACUCAAACUUGACCAAUACUCAUUUAAUUAUUUUGUUACAUCCUAUCACUGAUUGAUAUUCAUCUGGGCAUGUUGGAAUUGUGCUAUUAACUUAGUCACUGUUAUCUACAUUUACAUACAUAUACAUAUGUCUGUUCAUUCAUGGAAGCAUUUAUUCAUUAUUUAACCUAUAUAUUUCUGUGUCACUGCAAAAGCCGUAGCCCUACAGCUCCACCCAUCGCUCCCUCGGCCUCGGCCUCUGCCUCCAAAUGACCGAGCCCCGGUUCCUGCCCCGGUUCCUGCCCCGGUUCCUGCCCCGGUUCCUGCCCCGGUUCCUGACCCGGUCCCUGCUCCUGCCCUACUAGGGCGGAGCGAAGAGGAGGAUUUGCCCCGGCAGUCCUUCCUGCCUCCAAGGCCCGCCUCAGAAAGUGCCGAGCUGCUGCUUCCAGAGAGUUGGCGCUCAUCUCUCACCAAGGAGCAGCAGCGGUGGAUCGGCCGCACGCUGUUCACCAGGGAUAGCUUUGGGAGGUCGACACUCAUCACUGACCUGGUCACGUGGUGGAACCCUCCCCAACCGCGGCCGAUCUACAAUCAGCCACCCGCAUCCCCCGACCCCUUCUUCGCAUGUCAGCUGUUCCUUUGGAUGCCCGUACGCAUAUGGGCAUACAAGCUGGCAUGUCCCCAGUCUGGGUGCAGAGGCACACUGUGCAAGGCUGGACUCUACAAGACCAUCCGGAGGGUCUUGGACAUUGACCGCUGGUAUCUCAUGGCCACUGAGUACCUGGAAUGCGGCCGGUGUAAGAAGAAGGUCGCGGGGUGGUCACGGGACCUUGUCAGUCAGCUGGACGCUCAGCAUCGCUGCCAGUUUCCAGCAAUAUUGACAUACAAGCUGUCCUGUGACCUGCGGGUUGUGAGGAUGCUGAGGUCGCGCACUUUGGGGAACAGUGCGUCACAGACCUACAGCAAGCUGUGUGAAAGUCACAGCGAGUCCUGGAUGCGGCGUUGUAUACAGUACCUCGGGGUGUGCAAGCAGUUUCUGGCAUUGGGCAUUGGGCGGCAGUUCACUGAUCCACCGGAGAUGCCCCCGGUGCCCUCACCCGUCUGGCUUCUGACCGUCUACAGCCAUGACGUGCUAUCGCGGCUGGACGAGGUGAAGGCCAGGGUCACCUCCGUCUUUGGGUCCAUCUUAAAGAUGGACUCUACCAAGAAGGUGACUAAAAAGCUUGCGGGUACCGCUGCAGACACAGCCGCCUGGGUUACCAACGUCGGUAACGAGCAUGGGCAGGUCCUCGUCAGUGUCCUCACUGCCGGUGAGGGCGAGGGCCUGCUCCCCAUGGCGGCUGGUCUCAUGGAACGGUACCGGCUCGCCGGGGUGGCGCCCCCCAAGCUCAUGUACGUGGACCGAGACUGCUGCUCCAGCUUCGGCGGAUCAAAGACAGCUGCCAUGUACAAUGACUGGGACCAGCUGGUGGUUCGGCUGGACAUCUGGCACCUGAUGCGGCGGUUCGCGUCAGGUGUCACCACUGAGAGCCACCAGCUCUACGGUCCCUUCAUGCGGCAGCUGUCAGCCUGCAUCUUUGAGUGGGAUGCAGGCGAUGUCUGCCGACUGCUGGAGGCCAAGAGGUCUGAGCUGGAGGGGAAGCACGGGAUGGUCGGCCUCACCGAGGCAGAGGUUUCGAAGAAAAUCGGCAGGAAGGAGAUUGCGCUUCACUGCCGGCGUCGUACGCGUGGAGCUGCGGCGACAGAAGUCCUUCUCCUUGACCUCCUCGAGACCUUCAACAGCGAGAAGGGUCUCGACACCCUGGGCAUCCCGUUGCUGGACUCCAGCCGCAUUCAGGCGAUCUGGAAAGAGCAGAGGCGCCACCUCCACUGCAUACAGGACCCACCCGGUGUACAGCUGUACACAGAGACCGGCAAAAUCACCAAGGGCGGCGUGAUGUUGCCGGUUUAUCGCUGCGCACGGGGCUCCACAUCCUUGGAGUCAUUCCAUCUCCACCUCAACCGGUUCAUCCCAGGUACCAGGGCAAAUGCAAUGCAUUUCCAGGCAUUCCUGUUGGAUGGACUGAUGAGGUGGAACGAGGACCGUGCGCAGGCAGCAGUGGAGGGGAAGAACAGGAAGCCCCUGCUCUCCUACAGUGGCCACCUGCAGCACAUCCUUAACCUUAGCAGCCAAAUUGUGCUGGGCAAGGAUCAGGUUAAGGACUACUCCAAGCCUAGCGAGUACACAGGGGAACUCCUCGGAGUGGAGUACCUGUACUCGCAGACUGGCAGAGUGCUGCAGGAUGUCAGCGGGGACCCUGACCUUCCGGAAGAGGCCGCCGUCGAGCAGCUCGACGAGGAGGACGAGGGCUUUCAGGAGGAGGAUGUAGACCAGACAGUCCACAUCCCUCACGUCACUCCUAUGAGCGCCCCGUCCUCCAGCUCAGCAGCACCUCUGUCAUGGGGACCUGCUGACGCACCCAGGUCUGGGCCAUCCAGCCCCACCACCCCUGAAGACGGAAGCUCUCCUGAGGCCCCUGGUCGACACAGUUCUCCUCACCCUGACCACUCCUCUGAUUCAGAGGAGGAGACUAAAGGUCCUGAUGCAAUGCCAGGCUACCAGCAUGUCCGCAGGCUUGCCAGGGCCUUGGUGGGGGUGAGGAACCGUCAGGGGUUGUCGGACCGCAGGGUAGACGGUCUGGUGGCACUGUGGCAGGUGCUGCCAGACUUCGACAAACAGCGUUUGAUCUACCCUGCCCGACACCAAGAGAGGAUCGUUCAGGGGCGGUUCAAGGCAACGAAGGGGAAGUCGUCCAUUAUCCUAGGAAAAGACUCUCUCCAACGUUGCCUUCUCGGACUCAACUCGGGCCCUGCAAAUUGGCCGGGCACCAGCCGUUUGGUGGAGGCCAUUUGCAGUCAGCUCUGCCAAAUCCAUCCCAGCGCCACGCAGUCUGCCGGCGUCAAGAAGAGCAGGUGGGCGCUCAUUCUGGCAGACUACGUGGCCAUCAGGGAGGCAGUGCUGAACAGCCCGAGGUUGAUGGCCCAGACCAACCUUCAGCUCUUUGAGCUGAAUCAAAGGACCAUCAGUCAGUGGUAUUCCCGGCGUCAGAAGGAGAGGGAGAGGAUGGUGCUGCAGCAGGGAAUGGGGCUCGCUGCUGCCCCCAGCGUCACCACCCAGCCCCUCCCUGCAGCCAAGCCCCUCCACUUCAAGCAGGAGGGAAUCAGGGCACCCUUCCCUUUCCCUACGCCACCCUCCCCCCCGGUCCCACGCCAAACCAUCCAGCAAGGAGAGCCCGCCCACGCGCCCAUUCUGCCAGCCCACCUGGAGCAACAACCCCCCGCACUUCCCGGACCCUCCCCAGCCCAAGGACCACAGACGGGCUGCUCUUCACCUUCUCCAGUGUCAAGGACAACGGCUUGGAGGAGGAGGAAGAGGAUUGCGGCGGACACAGAGGAGGGGACAGCCGGGAAGAGAAGGCAAAGUGAGCAUUACGUCUGCUCCAAAUGCGGAUUGCCGAAGCGACGGGAGACUGGCCACAGCCACUUCGGCGGUGUGGGGUUCUGCUCUGUUGCUGCUGGGGGCAAGGACGUGGCCCAGUGGCUGGCGGAAAUGAAGGACGCUAAGGGGCGAGGUGAUGGACACUGAGCCACUGGCUGGGUGGUCGGACGUUUUUAUAUUUGUAAAUAGUUCACUGUUCCCCUCUACCUGGACCGAGACCUUGAGCGCGGUGUAGAGGCUUGUGUGUGUUGAGGACCCUCAGAGCUAUAUUGUCUGUAGUCUAUACGACUACUGGUAGGGUAACCCAUGGUAGGCAGUUCUGAGGCGAGACACCAGACUAACAUCGGUUCGUUCCCAAACAAAAUCCUGUAAAAAACAAAAUACGUUUAGCUAUACAAAUCUUAUCUUCCAUUUCAUUCUGUUUCCCUAUGUAUAGUCUCUUGCUCCCUUUUUAUUUCCCUAUGUAUAGUCUCUUGCUCCCUUUUUAUUUCCCUAUGUAUAGUCUCUUGCUCCCUUUUUAUUUCCCUAUGUAUAGUCUCUUGCUCCCUUUUUAUUUCCCUAUGUAUAGUCUCUUGCUCCCUUUUUAUUUCCCUAUGUAUAGUCUCUUGCUCCCUUUUUAUUUCCCUAUGUAUAGUCUCUUGCUUUUUAUUUCCCUAUGUAUAGUCUCUUGCUCCCUUUUUGUUUCCCUAUGUAUAGUCUCUUGCUCCCUUUUUGUUUCCCUAUGUAUAGUCUCUUGCUCCCUUUUUGUUUCCCUAUGUAUAGUCUCUUGCUCCCUUUUUGUUCCCCUAUGUAUACUCUGUUUUAUCAUUAAAACUCCUUGACUGGG